AUGUCUCUCAAACAGGAAAUCGAGACAUGGGUCGCCGCCCUGGCGCGGUAUGACAACAACGAGUUCGACGAGGCUUUGAAAGAAUUCGAGAGCGUUUCCGAUACCUCCAAGAUCCUCUUCAACAUGGGUGUUAUCCACGCUACUUUGGGCGAGCAUGAAAAAGCUGUCGAAUGCUACCAACGAGCCAUCCGCCUCGACCAGUAUCUCGCUGUUGCCUACUUCCAGCAGGGAGUCUCUAACUUCUUGCUUGGCGACUUCGAGGAGGCCCUGGCCAACUUUAACGACACUCUGCUCUACUUGCGAGGUAACACGAUGAUCGACUACGCGCAGCUCGGUCUCCUUUUCAAGCUCUACUCCUGCGAGGUCCUUUUCAAUCGAGGUUUGUGCUACAUUUACUUGCAGCAGAAGGAUGCCGGUCUCCAGGACCUUCAAUUCGCCGUCAAGGAAAAGGUCGUUGAGGACCACAAUGUCAUUGACGAGGCCAUCCGGGAGGAAGCCGAGGGCUACACCGUUUUCUCCAUCCCCGUCGGCGUCGUCUACCGCCCGAACGAUGCCAAGGUCCGGAACCUGAAGACCAAGGACUACCUCGGAAAGGCCCGUCUGGUUGCCGCUUCUGACCGUGCCAACGCCUUUACUGGAUUCGCCGGGUCUGAGAUAAAGAAUGCCGGUCAACAAUCUGCCAAGGAUGACAGACCCACAGACAACAUUUCUUUCGCAGCUACCAAUCUAGUGAAGCCAGGCCUGCAGAGCCGAGCGUCCGUACGGAACGGGCCCAAGCCGACCCUGUCGAAGCUCAACAUUGAACGAGCCGUCAACAACCGGUACGAGAAGACUUCGUCGCCCCAGAGCGGCCCCCGGCGGCAGAACACCACUAGGUCCAAUUCGUCAACACCCCAGCGUUCGUAUUCCCAGCGCCAGCGCAACGACGAGGAGGAAGACUACGCCGACGACGUCUACGACAUGUACCAGGGCGGCAACAACGGUGGUGGCGGCGGCAGCUCUCGUGGGAGCCGCCAACAAGGGCGUCGCAACAUGCCCCGCUAUAUCGAGGAGGAGGAAGAUGAGGGAAGCGAGUUUGACGACGGCUCGUUCGACGAGGGUGAGUUUGAGAUGGUCAGCAACCGCAGGGCGAAUACUGGCUCCAUGUCGGCCGGCUCUUCGAGAGGUCAAUCCAGGCGCCCAGAGGUCCGCAAGGUCCGCGUCAAGGUCCACGCUGAGGAUGUCCGAUAUAUCAUGAUUGGAUCCGCGAUUGAGUUCCCCGACUUUGUCGACCGCGUGCGUGACAAGUUUGGUCUCCGACGGCGAUUCAAGAUCAAGGUCCGCGAUGACGAUAUGCCCAAUGGUGACAUGAUCACGCUUGGUGACCAAGACGACUUGGACAUGGUCCUCAUGACCGUCAAGAGCAACGCGCGGCGGCAGAGGCAAGAAAUUGGCAAGAUGGAGGUUUGGGUUCAAGAGGUUUAG